UCUGUGACCAUUGUGGGUUUUGUUUUCAUUAACCGAGGGGUACUAACAAUUUUGUCCACAUUUGUAACUAUCAGUCAUAAUUUAGUCUGCAGGCUCUUCUGUUAUUUGUUGAUGCUCAUGAAGAGACAGGUCGAGUCAAGUUCACACACAGUCUUGGUGAAGUUUUCAGGCAUACAUCAGCAACAGACAGAAACAAAGGGUACUGAAAGACUACAGUUUGAGUAUUUGUUGUUACUCAUUCUGACAACACUCUGUUGGGUGAAUCACAUCUACAGCUGGCGCGAUUUCCUAUAUAUAGGAAUACAUAGUGCACGACAGCCAGGUUUUUCUGUUUCCAUGACAUCCCCAUGGAUGUAGCCAGAUGCCAGGGUUCUCCAUGGAUUACCAUCCCGUGAGCAGGAGAUGGAGGCACCGCAGGAACUGGAGACAAAAGCAAGGCCGCAGGGUGGACGUGCUGGUGAAGCUAUGGAGGUGACCACAUAAGCCGCCACUUCCAAGUAUUUUUCUCACCAAUGCAGGAUCCCUUGCAAAUAAGAUGGAUGAAUUGAAGCUACAGGUUGCAGCAAACAAAAUCAUCAGGGAUAGUUGCAUUCUGCUAAUCACAGAGACCUGGUUUCAUUAACUCAUUCCAGAUACAGCUAUCCAGCUAGCAGGCCACACACCGGUAUGACAGAAGCAAGGACUCUGUUAUGUGAUGAUGAUGCCGUUCAAGCGUCAGGCCUUGGUGGAGUUCUCUGCAGGAGAGAGUGCUGACCUCUGUGUGUCUUGUGGAGCCAAGGAACCUGUAUACAUCGCAGGCCAACAGGCAUACUUUAAUUACUCCACAUCCAAGAGAAUCACCAGGCCAACCAAUGCAGACAACCCUAACAGUGGCAACAAGGUCCUCUUGCUGUCCAUACAGAACCCCCUCUACCCUAUAACCACGGAAACACACACACAAGGGGAAGGAGGGGCCCUAGCCAGGACCUGCAGAGGCAGACCUAACACUGUGUUUUCAUACUUGGAUGUUCUGUACACCGUAUGUAACCCUAUCGGCAGUGUGCUGAGGAUUGUCAUCUUUAAACGAAAUGGAAUCCAAGCCAUGGUGGAGUUUGAGUCUAUUCAGUGUGCUCAAAAGGCCAAAGCAGCUCUGAAUGGAGCUGACAUCUAUGCUGGUUGCUGUACACUCAAGAUUGAAUAUGCAAGGCCAACACGUCUGAAUGUGAUUAAGAAUGACAAUGAGAGCUGGGACUACACUAAACCGUACCUGGUCAGACGAGACCGUGGAAAGGGAAGACAGAGACAGGCCAUUUUAGGAGAACACCCAUCAUCCUACAGUGAUAAUGGCUAUGGUCCACCAUGUCCCCUGCUACCUCUGCCCAACAACAGCAGAUACAAGCUUACGUCAGUGGAUGUUCCAGACAUGGUAUCCUAUCCUUUGCCCCAGUCAUCCUCCUCAUACUCUGGCCAUGCCCCUAGCUCUGUUGCCAUGGUAAGUGGUCUCCAUCCUUCCAAGAUGAACUGCACCCGGAUCUUCAACCUCUUCUGCCUCUAUGGCAACAUUGAGAAGGUGAAGUUUAUGAAGAGUGUUCCUGGUACAGCAUUGGUUGAGAUGGGGGAUGAGUAUGCUGUGGAUAGAGCCAUCACACACCUCAACAGCAUCAAGGUGUUUGGCAAAAGACUUAACGUCUGUGUGUCCAAGCAGCAUGCUGUGAUCCCCAGUCAGGUGUUUGAGUUAGAGGAUGGCAGCAGCAGCUAUAAAGACUUUGCCAUGACCAGGAACAACCGCUUCAGCAGUGCUGGUCAGGCCUCCAAAAACAUCAUCCAGCCUCCCUCUGCAGUGCUACACUACUACAAUGUUCCUCCAUGCAUAUCACAGGACCAUUUACUGAGGCUUUGUACGGAGCAUGAUGUGCCUGGCUUUGUCAAAUUCAAGAUGUUUGAUGCCAAACCCUCUUCUAAGACCAUCUCUGGCUUGUUGGAGUUUGACAGUAAGACAGAGGCUGUGGAGGUUCUUACUGUUCUCAACCACUACCAGAUUAGGAUACCCAAUGGAUCCAACCCGUACACCCUGAAAUUGUGUUUUUCCACCUCAUCUCAUCUAUAAAAACCUGCAGAGCACAGAACAGGCUGCUGAGUCUGAAGAUGGCUGACCUCUGACCUGAGAGAGGAAGCAGGAGCAGGAUCUUGAGAAAAGACACGUGAAACAGUGCAGGAGAGAAUAACAGAAAGAAAAUGAAAAAAGAAAUGAGAGAGAGAUGGAAUUUAAAGAAGAUAAAGCAACAUUGUAAGAAGAGUAUUAAGGAGACAACACUGUCACUGUCUUCAAACGGAUCAUCAAUGUACAUCUGUCAUCCCAGCAUCAAAUCACAAGCCAACACGCUGACAGACUAGUACCCUACUUGAAAAAUGAUUCUAAUGUGAUUUUAUCAUCAUGUAUGACACUUGGAGGAUCUGUUUGUCCCAGAUGUCUUCACUGCAUGGUAAACCUGUCUUUGACCGGCAAGGACGACCUACUCUGAGAAGUCGGCUGUACGAACCUGAAUCUGCUUCAGUGACCUCAAACAUCUCUUAAGACAUUAUCAGUGCAGGUGGUAUAUGGUCACUUACAUAACCUUUUACUGUUUCAAACAGUAAGUAAAUACACAAAGUCCUUUUAAACUGUUAUCCAUCAAAUACAGUAAAAGUGGAUGCAAUCAAACAGAUACUGCUAUGAUGGUAGCUAAGCCUUAAGAAAGAGAUAUGUCUCCACUGUUUGGUGAACAUGAGAUAUCUCAGUUCAACUUUCAUGUUUGCUGUGGACAUUGGUCCCCAGAGUAAACUCCUAAUGGUUCUGGUGACCUCCAAACCUCAAACACUUGGUCUAUGACACGGCAUCUGGAAAGCUAGUUAAUUUCCAUUGGACUUUAGUGAAUAUUCAUGUUUCUCAGAGAAGGAAUUCAAAUGUUUCUUAAAAAAAAAAAAAAAAAAAGCUCCUGUUAUUUGUCUUAUCCCCAUCUUCAGCUUUCCCAGUACUGGUUGGGUUAACUUACAGCUCGGGGUUUUCCAUUGACGUGGAGGAGAAGAACAAACGUGGUCUGUUUUCGUUUUCAAAGUUGCAAAAGGAAAAUUUGUGAGCCUUUAUCUAACAUUAGCAACACAUUAUUAGCUUUUGAUAAUGUAGUCAAGUCAAAAUCUCAUGUUAUCAAAUACUGUUACUAAUGUUGUAGACAGCUGUACAUUUCAUACAUGAAUCUAAAUGUACAAUAUGCUCACAAACUACUGCAUCCUGUUGUACAUACUCUGUUAUAGUGGGUGAACCUAAAACAGAUAGUGUUGAGCUAACCAUCCUGAUCUGUUUGAAAAGUGUUGUAAUUAAAAAGUUUCUCAUGACAUCUUCAGUUGAACACUUUCAAAGUAUUCCAAUCACAACAAGAGGUAAACGUGAACACGUACUUGAGAUAGAAACGAGCAGCAGAGGAGUUGGGGGUGCCAAACACAGGGACUCUUGAACUACUCUGACUCUAAAGUUUGUGACCUUUUUGAUAGCAGUGCCCUCAGAACAAAUGUUACAUUUUCAGCUCCUUAUCACGCUCUAUGAAUAGGAAUGUUAUUAUUGUUGGGUUUUUUAUUAUUGUUAUAAUAAAAAACCCAAUUGUUGUAUUGUUACUGUUAUUGUCUUUCUUUCUUUCUUAUUAUAGGUUUUAUUAAAAUACAGUGUCAAGGAGCCACUGGCAGAUGUUCAGACUUUAAAGCUGCUUAUUCAACACUCUUACAUGUUUCUUUAAUAUUUAAUAUAUUAAAUUAUUCUGGUAGGCUAAAGACUAUAUCUCUGGAACAAAUGUAUACAUCACACAACCCUCCACAGGAUAGAGUGAUGUAUAGAAAAUAGAUGGAUGGAUAUUGUACACAUGUAGUAAUAUCAUUUUUGUUGUAGUAUUAUAAUGGGUAUUUAUUCACAUGGAAUCAGUAUAAUUGUACAGAUGAUAUUUAAUUUUACCCAUGAGGCUGUGGAUUAUGUCUAUAAAUAUGAUUUUCAGUAUGAUUCAGUGGAAUAAUCAUAACUUUCUCACAGUAUGCUGACCACCCCAGACACAGUGGUGACAUAAGGCCUUUCACUAUAUGGCAUUUCAGUUAUGGUAGAUACAUAAUGUCACACAUACAAAACAGAAUUAAAACAGUAUAAAACUGUUAAAUUAAAAACCAGAGAUGUGAGAAGUCUACAUGACAAGCCAAGAAUCAGAACCUGAAAAUUAGCUCAGAUCUUGGUAUGUGUUGAGACAAAAACCAUAUGAUUCUACAUGCAUGUAAACACAGCCAUAGCUUACCAGGUGAUUCAACUAGAGAUAUUGGCCCUAAUAUGUCAACAAGUCACUAUUAUAAUCUGAUCUUUAAGGAAAAUUUCUGCUGUUUAUCGAUACUUCAUAGGCUGUUGCAGUGGCAGCUCACUGUAGCAGUCACUGUAAACUAAUAGAAUAUGUGUAAUGACUUGGAUAUGAUGAAUAGUGAGCUUGCCAAUUUGUUAUUUAUUCCUGUCCGGAACAAGAAACAUGCUGACAGCUCACUCAUCAGCUUACCUGCUCUGAGUCAAUAUAUAACAUUACACUUGAGUGCAACCGAACAGAAGAUGGACCUUUAGCUGAGUCCAAUUUGAUGUUUUAAAACAAGUGAAUCCAGCUGAAAUAUCUAUUGCAGCUCUGCUUUUUAAAAAGAAAAUGCACAGUUACUAUAAGACUAGGAUGUUAAAGUAGAACUCUGCAGUUUGAGUGGUAAUUUUAACAGAAAUAGUCUAAUCUUAGUUUCAGUCUCAGCAUGUAACAAUUCCAUUCUUGUUAAAGCAGGGAAAGAUUGCAGUUAUUACAAAAGAUAGAAAUAUGUAACUAUUUGCAUUGUGCACAUAAAGCUACUGCAGUUGUGUAAUAUCUUAUGACAUUUUGCUUUGUCAUAUAGAACACCAUAUUCACUUUCAUUGUGGUGUUUAUUUUUUAAAAUAUAUUGCCAAUGCAGUGGUUUUACUUUUCUUUUUGGAUUUUGCAUAAAAUAUAAGUGAAUAAACAGACUAUCAAAAUACUACAAGAUGCAUAAGAUUAACAUGAAGGCACAGUAUGGGUGAGGAGACACACUGAGCUUCUUAUAGGUCUUUUUUUUUUGUUUGUUUUUUGCUGAGGUAUAGUCGCAAACAUCAUGUACAUCUGUUCCAUUCAGAUCUUACUGCUCUAAAACUCUCUUUUAGUACGCCAGGAUCCAUCACAGUUGUGAAUUAAUGCAUGCCUAUUGUAAAUAAUAUGUAAAUAAGGAUGAGUUGGAAAAGGUUUCAGCAGACCAAGCCUAUCUCAGUCUAAGUUAUUACUCAUUUAGAUGUUGUGCAACAGUUUUAAAUGGAUGCUGAGAGGUUUUGUCUUACAUCAGCUAAAUUUUACUGUAAUUUCUAACAAGAUUUUCUGUUUUUAAAGUUCACGCCUUUAAGCUUUGAUUAAUGAUGGAAGCUGAUGUGAGUUUUUAAUCCUCUGAGGACUGGAAAAACACAUUUAUGGCAAUGUUAUAGAAACCAAACAUGCAAUAUGUAGCAUGUGGGUUUUUCUUUAAAUAAAAAACCAAUAAUAGAAAUGUUUUUAAUUCAAAUUAAAUUUUACUUUCAUCUAUUUACACCAUGCAGCAUUUUAGCAGCAUACAUAUUCGAAUUGAUCAGCUUCUGGUAAAAAAUUAAAAUAGAUCAGUUACUUUCUUGUAUCUUAGAGGGCUGAAUUUACGUUUUUAUUUUCUAUAGUAAGAGACAGUGGCCAAGUGGGUUAAUCGAAGAACUGAUGGUUUGAGACAGAUCCAUAGUUAUCUUCAGAGUUUGAGGCUGUUAAGGUUUCCUGUUGGUAAUAGUUUAUAGUCAGCAAUAAAACACAGAAAAACACACUGAACAAGAUUGUUCCCUUCAUUUAAGAAUCCCUGUAGUUGUAACUUAUGUGUAUAUGUUCAAAUGAAAUAAAUCAGAUUUGGGCUGUGAAGUCACAGACA